GACAAAGGCCCUGUCACUGAGCCCCAAGUGAAUUAGCCCGAUCACUCUGUCAGCGGCCACAGCCCACAGCCUCAUUCAUUUCCCUCAAGUCUGCCUCUCCUUUUUCUUAUUUUCCCACGGUGCUGCUUUCUUCCUGCCGUGAAGAUUGUUGCAGAUGUUGCCACAUUAUCGUUAACAUAAUGGCCAGUACACCACUUCACUUACUAUUAUAUGGAGUUCUGGCCCUCGCGGCCGGCGCUCGGGCAGCCGGCACACAGAAUGUGGACUGGUCCUCGAAGACAUACGGCCCCGAUGGCCCAUGGCAAGCAGUCCAGAUGCAGCUGGGCAGCCAGGAACAGGAUGUCGACCUGUAUCCCGGUGCGUCCUGGGCAAGCAAUAUCCUCCUCAGCAAUGUUUGUUCGAACACAACUACAUCAAAGACCUGCUAUGCCCAACGCGCGGGCGCAUUCAACGUCAGCGCAUCCAAUACCAAUACCAAUUACCUCGAGGGCGAAAGUGACUGGACCGCCGUCAACUGGAACGUGGCGGGAGAAAGCAAACAAGGCGUUCUUGGUGAUUAUAUGAAAUUCGGCCCGAUCGUUCCGAACGUCAGUAUGACUGCCACCUAUGAUACCUACCAGACAUACCCGAACGGAAAGGCAUAUCCAGUGGAGGUGGGAACGUUGGCGUUGGGGGCACCAAAGCUGAAGCACAUCCCCGACAUCAGCUCUGGGGAGGAGAUGAACAUGAUUGCUUCAUACCUCUACACUGAUGGCGGCGCGAACAAGAUCCCUUCAUAUUCAUUUGGCAUGCAUAUCGGAUCGGUGAAGGAGAAUAUUCCCGGCUCCCUCGUACUGGGGGGAUACGACCAGAACCGCGUAGUCGGCGAUGUGAGUAGUCAAAAGGUCGCUUUGCCCAACGGAGAGUUCGAGAUCCAGAUGAAGGAUAUUGGAUUGGGCGUCGCGACUGGAGGAUCGCCAUGGAAUUUCACCCGCAAAGACAAUAUGCUCCCCUCACCUGCGCACGUUCAAGUCGACCCUACACGGCCCUAUCUUUACCUUCCCAAGUCGACCUGCGACUCCAUUGCCACCUGGCUGCCCGUCACGUAUAACGAAAGUCUGGGCUUGUAUUUCUGGAAUGAAUCCGACAGCCAGUAUAAGGACAUCACUUCGUCCGCAGCCUAUCUGUCGUUUUCCUUCUAUGCAAACAACAGCGGCAGCUACAACACCACCAUCAAAGUCCCAUUCAAACUGCUUGAUCUCACUCUACAAGAGCCCCUUGUCGCACAGAACACCAGCUACUUCCCAUGUUUCGCAUCCGACGACAACACAUACAUUCUCGGGCGAGCCUUCCUCCAGGCUGCCUUCCUCGGCGCGAACUAUGUCAAGGGAAACAAUGAGGGAUACUGGUUCCUCGCCCAAGCCCCAGGUCCCAGCUAUUCAAUUCCAUCUCCCGAAAACAUCAAUGUGGAAGAUCAGUAUAUUGGAAAGUCGGGCUAUACGUUCGAAGGUACCUGGGACGGACAUUGGAACGGGCUUGCAGCCGACGAGAGCGAAGCGUCCAAACCCAGCAGCGGCCUCUCAUCCGGUGCGAAGGCAGGAAUCGGAGUUGGUGUUGCUGUCGCCGGAGUGAUUCUGAUCGGUGCGUUUGCUUGGGUAAUGAUCCUCCGUCGCAGACGCGGCCAACAGGGCCAACCUACGUUGGUUCCUGAAAAAGACCCUGGCUCGAUGGGCCCUGGUGGCACUCUGGUUUCUCAAGACCGUAUUCCACACCACAUCCCGACGGAAUUGGAGAAUCUGGAUGCCCGGCAGCCUCAUGACAUACAGUCGUCAUCAGUCUCUCCGCGCUAUGAACUACAUCCAUGAUUGUUCGGGAGUGUUGUAUAAGAUUUAUAUCGAAAGAGUGAAAUGUAUAUAUUAUAAUAGUUCAAUGCCAUUUACCAGAUCUUGUUACUUUCUUGCCAAUUAGUUUUGAAAUUGCUCUAGACUGACAUGACUCUCAAAAUCACAGCACAGGACUUCCAUUAAUACCGAC